UAACUGAUACCUGGUUGGGUUGUGACGCUAGCACUUGAGUGAUGUAAGUGUGGGAGAGAGGAGGCGGACCAUAGGAUCUGUCUCUAACCGAAAAGACAACCGAUAUUCAGUGUUAUUCUGACAGGCAGAGCGCAAACAGUCGGCAUCGAAUUUACAGUAUUUGGACAAGUGUCCUAUUCCUAGUUAUGGAUAUGAAGAAAUAGUUUUCCUCUGCCAUCACGAUUUUUUUUCUUAAAUGCUUGGCUUCCAUUCACAGAAGAUGAAGAGCUUGCUUAGGCAAGAGUUCUCAACAAGGGCACCCGGAAUCUUUCACCGGGGACAGUGACGCCCAGUUCGAAGAGGUGGAAAGGGAAGAAAUGAAUGGUCUCUCCACAUCAGACUAUCCCGCGCAGCGCAUUUCAAGUCCUUCGGCGCAGUAACCGACCCCUGCGCAAUCAUCUACCAAACAGCGAUGGCUAUCACUGGCAUUCUAUUCUAAUUGAAUUAAUGGCUUCUUCAGUGCAAUCGACUGUGUCCUGUCCGAAAUGCUGCUAUGGGGAUGAGGGUAAUCGUGAGACCCACGGAUGUCAGAAUUGCCACAGCCUGAUAGGAUAGGGCUCCUGCCCGGGUAAGACAAAAGCAAAAGGGCGUCUUCGAAAGAUAGAGAGUAAGAGAGGGAGAGAAAGAUUGAAAGAGAAAGCAAUAGAGAGAGAGAGAGAGAGAAGGAGAGGGGGCAACCAAGACAAGCAUUAAAUGAAACAAGCCAUGGGUAUUCAGCACUUUCUGCUUCUGCUAAUUUAUUUGGACCCACUGAACGUGUUCUGCGCUGUCCCCAAAAGGACAAAGGCUGUGCCAAAGAAGAAACCUAAGGAAGUGAACAGUACGGCGGCACCAACCGCAUCCAUACAGCGGAUCGCGCAAGUCCAGUUGCCAACAGUGGUCGAUUUUGACAGCUGCCGGGGUUACUACGACGUGAGCGGCGCCUAUGAUAAGGAGUUUGCAUGCAAUCACACCGACCACCACUACUGCUGCGGGACAUGUGCCCUGCGGUUUUGCUGUCAGUUCAAAUAUAAACGGUUAGAUCAAAGCGCCUGCAAGAAUUACCAAAAACCAAAAUGGGACCAAACGUCAACGCCGGCUCCCGCACCAACAGAAGACACCUACGACCCAAGUAUGGACCAAACGAAUACAGCGGUCUACAUUACCUGUGGGGUUAUAGCUUUCAUCAUAGUUCUUGGAGUUUCAGUAAAAGUUGCUUAUGACAAAGCAAAUCAACCACCUCAGGAGAUGAACAUCCAUAGAGCGCUUGCAGACAUCCUUAGGCAACAAGGACCUAUUCCCAUCUCGCAGUACGACUGCGAGAACUUUGCGGCCAUGAACAGCUCCCCCAAAGACAACACGCCAGCCAGGACGGGAUCCAAGAACCAUUACACUCCAGUGCACACGUCAAAGUCCAACCACAGUGGACACUAUGGCAAAGAGAGCAGCCGCAGCGGGGGGCAUGACCUUCACAACUUUAUCUCCUCGGGCUUCGUGACCUUGGGGCGAGGCCAUGUGAAAGGGGAAAAACAUUGGCCGGUGCGGUCGCAGAGCCACCAUGGCGCCCACCAGCACAACUACAACCACGUGGGUCUUAGUAGCCCAACGCGAACACCCAAAAAUGCUCACCGAUCCCUAAGGCAUGAGAGCUCGCGGAUGAACAACAUCCUCACCUCCCAGACGGAGCCCUAUGACCUCUCCUUCUCACGCUCCUUCCAGAGUCUCUCCCACCUUCCUCCUUCCUACGAGUCUGCCAUGAAAGCAGACCUCAACAGGUUCUCCUCUCUCAAAAAACUAUCUGACAAGGACACGGACGAGUACUACAGCCGCAAACGGCACCUCGCAGACCUGGCCAUCCGCGGCACACUGCCCCUGCACGUGAUCCGGAACAAGGAGGCCCAGGGCAGCCAGCCGGCACUGACCCAACAGCAGCAGCAACACCAGCAGGCGGCCGCCGCCGCCCAGCAGCAGCAGCAACAGCAGGGGGCGCCGUCCCAGCGGCAGCGUCCACGACGGGUCCAGCGCGCCAUGUCCCAGGACCGCGUGCUGUCACCGGAGAGGGGCCACGCCGGGCACGACUACGCCGCCGCCGCCAUGGCGGCCACCGUCUCGUCGACGUCGCGCGGCAUGUCGUCGGCGUACGGCCCCAUGUCGCCGUACGGCGGGCGCAUCCUCAGCGACGAGCAGCUGCUGUCGGCCGAGCGGCUGCGCUCGCACGAGCGCCUGCUCUCGCAGGAGCGGCUCUACUCGCACGAGCGCCACUACUCGCACGAGCGACUGCACUCCAGCGACCGGCUCUACUCGCACGACCGCCUCUACUCGCAGGACCGCCUGCUCUCGCAGGACCCGCUGCUCUCGCCGGACAAGAUGAUGUCCAUCAAGCGCUCGGCGGCAGCGGCGGCGGCCAUGCCGGGCUUCCGCUCGGACAAGUCCAUGUCGCGCGCCAUCUCGCACACGGACGUCCACUUGCCCUCCACGCCACUCAUGGACCGCUACAAAAUGACGAAGAUGCACUCGCAUCCCAGUGCCUCCAACAACGCCUCGCAGCAGCCGCCACCGCAGCAGCAGCAGCAGCAGCAACACAACACCCUCAACCGGAACCAGACGGCCUCCAAGCGACAGGCCUUCGCCUCACGCCGCACGCAGACUGUUGAGCAGUUCCAGUACAUCCCCAACCAGCAGCAGCAGCAACACCACCACCACUACCGCACGGGUAGCAAGACCGAAGUAACUGUUUAACGGCAAAGACACAGGACAGAGAGAGAGAGAGAGAGAGAGUGAGAGAGCGAGAUUGAGAGAGAAAGAGAGACAUAGAACGAGUGAUGCCAGCAUCCCUGACUUAGACACAACCAGAAUGAAAGCAAACCACAGAAGGCAACGACGAUUGCAAAAACCGGGUAGAUCUAAAUCCAGCAAACCUCUGAUUGAGAUUCAUGAGAUGGUUUUGGAAAAGGAUAUGAAUAUGAUGUGCAAUACAGGAAAGUAACCUCACUCACACUGUUUCUUUUCCUCAGCCCUAGCCUAUUAUUAUCGCUCCAUUCACUACAGGAGCCCUUAACCUGUCUGUGCACACUCAUAUCUUUAUGUGUUUGACAAGGAACAAAUGAACAGAAGGACCAUACGAUAAUGAAUCUUGAAUCUUGUUAUUACGCCGCAAACAAAGACACUUCUACACCUUCUUUUUAACCACCUUACUUUUUAAGGGCUUCGCUCGGCUGUACACACGGACUGGCCUUUCAGAUAGAUGAGGAGGGAAGGAAAUGAGGGAAG